UACUCUUUCUGCCAGGAUACCCUAGAAUGGCAGGACUUUACUGUCUCUGGACACUAACCACUUGCUCCAGUUCCUGAGCCUGACUUGAGUCCAAGCUGUCACCAGGAUGAGAUGGCGGGACCGAAUAGCCGUAUUCUUCUUCCCUCCAGGCAUGAUGCUCACCGUAGCUGCAUUAAUGCUCUUCUUCCUACACAUGGGUGUAUUUGCUAGUGAUGUUCACAACUUCUGUGUCAGCCACCACUACGACCGCAUGAGCUUCCGAUACACGGUUGUCCUGAUAUUCUCCCAGGUGAUCAGCAUCUGCUGGGCUGCCAUGGGGUCACUCUACGCAGAGAUGACUAGUGACAAGUUUCUUCGCUGCUUUGCUCUGAUCAUCCUGAUACUCAAUGGAGCCAUGUUCUUCAACCGCAUGUCCCUGGAGUUUCUGGCCAUCAAUUACCGAGAGGAGAACCACUGAGGCCUGGGGAUUGGGGACAGGGCUGA